GAACGAUCUCUCAUCGAAACAGUUAGUGGAAAACAGUGAAGAAGGAAACCCAUAGUUGUCCAAGAUGGGGCGUAUGCAUUCAAGAGGAAAGGGAAUCUCUGCAUCUGCUUUGCCGUACAAGCGUUCACCCCCGACUUGGCUCAAGACCACCGCUCUUGAUGUUGAUGAGUCAAUAUGUAAGUUUGCAAAGAAGGGUUUGACUCCAUCUCAGAUUGGUGUGAUUCUUCGUGACUCUCACGGUAUCCCUCAGGUCAAGAGUGUUACCGGAAACAAGAUCUUGCGUAUUCUCAAAGCUCACGGUCUUGCUCCGGAGAUUCCUGAGGAUCUGUACCAUUUGAUCAAGAAAGCAGUUGCUAUCCGCAAGCAUUUGGAGAGGAACAGGAAAGACAAGGAUUCCAAGUUUAGGUUGAUUCUUGUUGAGAGUAGGAUCCACCGUCUUGCUCGUUAUUACAAGAAGACCAAGAAGCUUCCUCCUGUCUGGAAGUACGAGUCUACUACUGCCUCUACUCUUGUGGCCUAGAGGAGUUACUUGAAAGUGUUCAAGAAAGACUUUGGUUUCUAUUUGCGUAUCAGUGGACUUAAUUACUCUGUUUGCUUUAGUGUUUUUGUUGGUUAAAUGAGACAAUGAUGGUUUUGAUAAAUUUUCAAUGAACAAACGUUUCUAAAGUAUACAAAAGGC